CAUUUGGAUAUAUCUUCUUGUGCAUGCACUAGCUGCUGGGAGAUCAAGCAAAAUUGUUGAUGCAAAUUUGAGCAGGGAGAGGAUAGAUCAGAAGGUUAAGGUGAAGGAGUGGAAUUAUGCAGCUGGAUAUAACUAUGAACUCAAAAGAGAAGCUCAGAUGUUGGAGUUGUUUGAGCUGGUGAGGCUGAUUUUGGGGACUCUUGGCUUCAUCUUCCGUAGUGGGACAACUUUGCUUUUCCUUGUUUAUAUUUUAGUUCAUUUGAAUCAAUGAUUUUAAUUUGAACCUCUCACCAAUAUCAAUGGCAUAUUGCCACCCCAAAAUAAAACCUCUAUUUCACAAACUUUAUAUAUGAAGUUACAGAUAUAUGAUUCAAUUUUAACAUUAUCUAUAUACUCUCUGUUUAUUGAAAGGUACCUUAUUUGGAAUUUACCAAAGGAUUCAUCGCUUCAAUGAUUUUAAAGGCACAGAAAGAGAACAUAUGAGAUUGUGGAGUGAAAUCUCUCUUUACAUUCCCCACGCUUGGCCUUUGUCACCUGCUGCACAUAGGAGACACCUGGUUAGCUUGACAUUAGCUCAUAAAAUAUGAAUAUCAGGCAAUCUUUCAAGUUUAGAAUUACUCCACAUCAAGCAUCCCAAAUCCGAGCUCAAAGCAAUAGAGAUGAAGCUCCGGGAAGAUCAAGCAAGCUUGUUGAUGAGAAUUUGAGCGUUCUGAGGGAGAGGUUGGAGAAGGCUAAGGGGAAGGAGAAGCUAGAGAGAUGCUACAGACGCGAAUAUGGCUGGAAUUAUGCAUCUGGGUACAACUAUAAACUCAAAAGAGAUGCUCAGAUGUUGGAGUUGUUUGAGCUGGUGAGGGUGAUUUUGGGGACUCUUGGCUUCACCUUUCUUAGUGGGACAGCUUUGCUUUUCCUUGUUUCUAUUUUAGUUCAUAUGAGUCAAUGAUUUUUAAACCUCUCUCCAAAAGUAAAUGCUAAUAACGCUAGCUAGUUCACCGUCCUACCUCUAUGGAUUGGAGGCCACAAGGUUGGAGUUCAACUCCCACCUUGUGCUUGCAAAAAAACACCCCACCUCCCCGCUAGAUCUAAAAUGUUCCUAUGUUCAGGAAAAAAAGAAAAAACCAUAUAGCCUCCCCAGAAUACAAUCUAUAUUUCACA